AUGGCUCAAUACAAUAACGCCGUUCUAUCGCUGACCAGCGUGACCACACCAGACCCUUAUGUCACCUACUCGCCGGCAACUCGUCAAUUCUAUCUCGUAAGUGAAGCACAAGAUAAGACACAAAGCCUUCGUUCCAUGGCUCUAAUAACAUCANNGACAUUCACUGCAGGCGACCGAGUAGAGAUCUGGAGAGCAAACAGCUUGCCGAAUUUCCACGAUCAUCCAGAUAAGCACGUCAUUUGGAGACCUCCACCAGACACCGAGCACUCCAACGAUCUAUGGGCACCUGAACUUCAUUGCCUCAGAGGCAGGUGGUAUGUAUACUACGCUGCCUGCCACCCUAAACACGGAAACAAAUCGCACAGGAUGUUCGUGUUAGCUGGACCACCCGCAGACCAAGAUCCCGCUACUGGAUCAUGGGAGUUUGUAGGUCCAAUCAGAGGCAUGGCACAGCACCAAUGGGCUAUCGAUGGCACUGUCAUCGAACUGCACGGACAACUGUACUUUGUCUACUCUGGCUGGCCCUUCGACAACCCCAACGAAUCAGAUCUUCAGCAGCAUCUCUUCAUCCUCAGGCUGUCUGACCCAGUCACCGCGGCAUCAGAUCCUGUUGAGAUUUGUAAACCUGACGAACCCUUUGAACGUGUGGGAGAUCAUGGCAUCAAUGAAGGACCACAAUACCUUGCCUCCCAGGAUGGCUCAUGGGUUGGUCUUGUCUAUAGUUGCUCAGGCAGCUGGACCAACGAGUACAAGAUGAACUGCCUCCGCUGGACCGGCGGAGACCCUCUCAGACCAGACUCCUGGCAGAAGAGCAUGAGGCCAUUGAUUCAGAACGGUCCUCACGGUCAUGGGCCUUGGGGACCUGGUCAUGGUUCCUUCAUGCACAUUGGCGACGACAUUGUCGGAAUAAAGGCCAGAAUGCAACGAGUUGUCUUCACACCCGAAGGCCCUUGGAUGGGAGGUGGUGUAGGUCCUUUGACAACAUCUAUGGCUGCUUUUGUCGGCAAUGAGCAUCAUAGAGAUGAAGGGGGUGCUAAGAAGCACGGUCACGGUAUCAGAGGCUUCUUGCGCAAGAUCAAGGAUGAGCUGUGA